AUGAAUCUACUCCACAAAACGUUGAAAAGUGUCUUGACAAUCCUAUUGACAGUUGUUUCUGUAAAGGGUGAAGAUGGCUGUAAGGUACUAGACUUUCUUGACUGUCAGAAAAACAAAACCCUCACUGGUCACGUGAUCAAGUCCUUCAGAAUCUUAGCACCCGGAUUAGAGGAUUGUCAGCACAAAUGUUAUAUAGAAGACAACUGUGUGUCGUACAACUUGGGUCCAGUGAAAGGGGUGGUAAGAUCAUGUGACCUGAAUGACGCUGAUCAUUGGAUGUGUCCGCAUCACGUGGUACAAAAAGAGGGUUUUGAGUACUGUCCUAUCAAGAACCGUUGCUCGUCCAGUCCUUGUCCCUCCAACAAGUUAUGUCUGCCUGACUUUUCAUGGGACACCUUUAGCUGUGUUGAUGGUGUUUGGACACAGUGGACGUCAUGGACAGCAUGUCAUGAUCUCCCAGAUUGUCCCAGGAUACGUACACGAAACUGUACCAACCCUGCAGCACCUCAGAAUAUCGGUACCAACUGCACUGGGAAUGAUAUGGAGACCAAAGAAUGUCAAAUACCAGUAGUUAAUACAACGGGAUGUGAAAACCCGCUUGGUAUGGAAGAUCGAACCAUCCUUGACUCCCAGAUCACUGCCUCUUCAACGUACUAUAAUAAUCAUCCGUUUUUUGCACCAUCGGCAGCCCGACUGAAUAAUCAGCAUGUUGAUAGCGUUACCAUUGGUGCAUGGACUGCAGGUGGGUCUCAAAGGGGCGAGUACAUACAGGUUGACCUUGGUAGAGUCAAGAUGGUUACUAAGAUUGCCACACAAGGAAGACCCAGACAUUCCCAUGAAUGGGUGACCGAGUACAGUGUGUCUUACAGCAACAACACAAUGGACUGGAAAAACUACUAUGGAGACUGUGUUAAGAAAUUUCCAGGAAACUUGGAUAUGAACACGGUAGUAACCAACAAGAUCGACAUACCUAUCAUUGCUCGACAUAUUCGUGUCAUUGUACUGGAUUACCGUACGCGUGCUACAAUGAGAAUGGAACUGUAUGGCUGUACCCCACCAUGA